GACUUCCGCCAGAAAGGAAGUGGUUUCGAGGCCUGGGACUGUGUCUAGAGAUUAGGGCGGAAAAGUGCGACUUUCCUUUUUUCAGAACCGAAAUUUUCUGUUCCAAUUUCCUCAGUUUUUCUCGCCUGGAUUUUUUACGCCGCCAUACGCCCUCCGCAGUGUUCGCUUUUAUAUUUUUUUCCGUUUCGUAAUUUUUUUUAGAAAAAAAUUAAAUCUCGCUGCCGUUCCAGUGUAGAGUGUUGAUUCCUGCUUUUUCUGCUUUCCUCUUUUUUCCGCGGAAAAUGUGUGAGUGUGUUUCCCGAAAUGUGAGGAGUUAACGUUUCACCGAAGAUUGAUCGACCGCGAGAAGAGGAAAGAUGCUGCAUUAGCCAAUGCUGUAAAGCGCAGAUGAUGGCCCCCUCCCUGAUAGGCACUCUCCCGGCCCAGGGGGAGCGCCGGCCGGAGCUUUGAGAGGUAAAAUAUGUCUCAGGAUUCCAGUUCUUAUAUAAGUGAGGAACGCAGUUUUUUCCGUCCGUUCACCAGAGAGUCUGUCAAAGAAAUCGAAGAACGAAUCGCCGAAGAACAUGCCAAGCAGAAAGAGCUCGAGAAGAAACGUGCGGAAGGAGAGGGGGAUUUUGGACGGAAGAGAAAGAAGAAAGAAAUACGGUAUGAAGACGAAGACGAAGAUGAAGGUCCCCAACCGGAUACGACAUUGGAACAAGGAGUUCCUUUGCCAGUGCGUCUUCAUGGACAAUUUCCCCCAGAGCUUGCUUCAAUACCUCUCGAAGACAUUGAUCCCUACUAUCUCAACCAGCGGACGUUUGUUGUGAUUAGUAAAGGGAAAGAUAUUUUUAGGUUUAGUGCAACCAAAGCACUAUGGUUGCUUGACCCAUUUAAUCCAAUUCGACGGGUUGCUAUCUACAUCCUUGUUCAUCCAUUCUUCUCUUUGUUCAUCAUCACCACUAUUCUCACCAACUGCAUCCUCAUGAUCAUGCCUACUACGCCAACUGUUGAGUCUACUGAAGUUAUUUUCACUGGUAUCUACACAUUUGAAUCAGCAGUCAAAGUGAUGGCUAGAGGCUUCAUUUUAGAGUCAUUCACGUAUCUUAGAGAUGCAUGGAAUUGGCUCGACUUCGUAGUUAUAGCUUUAGCCUAUGUUACCAUGGGUAUUGACCUUGGAAAUCUAGCCGCUUUAAGGACUUUUCGGGUUCUUAGAGCUCUUAAAACAGUCGCCAUUGUGCCUGGAUUGAAAACUAUUGUUGGAGCCGUUAUAGAAUCUGUAAAAAAUUUACGAGAUGUGAUAAUUUUAACUAUGUUUUCACUUUCUGUGUUUGCUUUGAUGGGUCUUCAAAUUUAUAUGGGUGUUCUGACACAAAAAUGCAUUAAAAAUUUUCCUGACGAUGGAUCUGCUGGCAAUCUGACCGAUGAAAAUUGGUUUCGCUUUGUUUCAAAUUCUUCUAAUUGGUUUGGAGAAGAGAAUGACUAUCCACUGUGUGGAAACUCUUCUGGAGCAGGGCAAUGUGAACCAGGCUACACAUGUCUUCAGGGAUUUGGUAAAAACCCCAACUAUGGAUAUACUAGUUUUGAUACCUUUGGUUGGGCUUUUUUAUCCGCAUUUAGACUCAUGACUCAGGAUUAUUGGGAAAGUUUAUAUCAAAUGGUUCUAAGAUCAGCAGGUCCGUGGCAUAUGUUAUUCUUUAUUGUAAUAAUUUUCUUAGGAUCUUUCUAUUUAGUUAAUUUAAUCUUGGCCAUUGUCGCUAUGUCAUACGAUGAACUGCAGAAAAAAGCUGAAGAAGAAGAAGCUGCAGAAGAAGAAGCCAUCAGGGAAGCUGAAGAGCAAGCUGCUGCCAGAGAAACAAGAAAAGCCCAGCAUGCAGCGAAUGUUGAAGCACGAGCGGUGGCCGCAGCAGAAGCAGCAGCAGCCGAGGCUGCUGGGCAUGCAGAAGGUGUCGUUAAAUCUCCAUCAGAUUUUUCGUGUCAGAGUUAUGAGCUGUUUGUUGGCCAAGAAAAAGGAAAUGUGGAUGACAAUAAUCGAGAGAAAAUGAGCAUCGUCUCGGAAACUCUCAGUCAAGACAAACCUCCUAGUCACUGUAGUAAAGUUCGUAAAGUAAGCACAGCAAGUUUAAGUCUUCCUGGUUCGCCUUUUAAUUUGCGCCGUAGUUCCCGUGGUUCACACCAAUUCACUCUGCGAAAUGGCAGGUCUCGAUAUCCCCCUGGUGGGGAUAGAAAACCAUUAGUUUUAUCAACUUAUUUAGAUGCUCAGGAGCACUUACCUUAUGCCGAUGACUCAAAUGCUGUGACGCCGAUGAGUGAGGAAAAUGGUGCUAUUGUGGUUCCAAUUUACUAUGCCAAUCUUGGAUCCCGACACAGUUCAUACACAUCUCAUACGUCUCGUAUCACAUACACAUCGCAUGCAGACUUAGUAACAGGUGCCAUCAUCAAACAGCCAACCACCAAAGAAAGUAGACUGAAAUCUCGAUCUGCCAGAAAUAGCAGUUCAGCAGGGGAGCACAAAUCUUACUUUAGAGAAUUUGCAUUAAGUAAUGUUGAAACGGAUGAAUGUGGAGCGGUCCUAAAACCUAAACACCAAGACAAUCCUUUCAUAGAACCAACCCAACAGCAAACCGUUGUCGACAUGAAAGAUGUGAUGGUUUUGAAUGACAUCAUAGAGCAAGCUGCCGGUAGACAGAGCCAUGAAAGCAAUACCAAUGUUUCGACAGUCUAUUACUUUGCAACAGACGAAGAGGAAGACGGACCAUCAACCAAAGAGAAGUUACUUAGCGCCUGCCUACGAGGGAUCGAUAUUUUCUGCGUCUGGGAUUGCUGUGGAUGCUGGCUUACUUUUCAAAAAUAUGUAGCUCUACUGGUUUUCGAUCCAUUUGUAGAAUUGUUCAUCACCCUUUGCAUUGUUGUCAACACUCUGUUUAUGGCGCUGGAUCAUCAUGACAUGAACAAAGAGACUGAGCGCUUCCUGAAAACAGGAAAUUAUUUUUUUAGUGCAACAUUUGGUUUUGAAGCUGCCAUGAAACUAAUAGCAAUGAGUCCAAAAUAUUAUUUUCAAGAAGGAUGGAACAUAUUCGAUUUUAUCAUUGUGGCUUUAUCAUUGCUGGAGCUUAGUCUUGAAGGUGUUCAAGGUCUCUCAGUCUUGCGUUCUUUCAGAUUGCUUCGAGUUUUCAAAUUAGCGAAAUCCUGGCCAACUUUGAAUCUGUUGAUUUCAAUCAUGGGCCGAACAGUUGGGGCCAUAGGAAAUUUGACUUUUGUUUUGUGUAUCAUUAUUUUCAUUUUUGCUGUGAUGGGAAUGCAACUAUUCGGGAAGAAUUAUACAGACAAUGUUGAUCGCUUUCCUGGCGGAGAACUACCUCGGUGGAAUUUUACUGACUUCAUGCACUCAUUCAUGAUCGUUUUUCGAGUCCUCUGCGGAGAAUGGAUUGAGUCCAUGUGGGACUGUAUGCAUGUUGGUGAUGUGUCCUGUAUUCCUUUUUUUUUAGCCACUGUCGUUAUCGGUUACCUUGUAGUUUUAAAUCUUUUCUUAGCGUUGUUGCUGAGUAAUUUCGGAUCAUCAAGCUUAUCUGCGCCAACAGCUGAUAGUGAAACAAAUAAAAUAGCAGAAGCAUUUGCAAGGAUAGACCGAUUCAUCAAAUGGGUAAAACUUAGUGUAAGAAAUUUCUUCCUGGGUAUCGUCAACAAACUUCGCUCAAAAGUUACCGCUCAAAUUCAUGGUAAUCGAGACCAUGUCAGCAUAGAUUUAGCUUCAGAUGAAAUUUUAGCAGAUGGUGUCAUGUUUAGGGAUAAAAAGGACCAACUUGAAGUGGCAAUCGGAGAUGGAAUGGAGUUCACCAUACACGGAGAUAUGAAACAAAAAAUUAAGAAAGGAAAAAAUCAUAUUGGUAAUUCGAUCGGGAACCAUGAAAUUGAAACUGAAUUCUUGAAACACCGGUUUGAUGAAGACACUUUCAGUAACUUAUCGUAUGGAAGCCACAAACAUAGACCUUUCGAUGAGGAAAGUCACAAAGGAAGUAUAGGUGAGCCACCUGUUGAAAAGAAAGACACAAGCAAAGAAAAUCUGGAUGAUGAACCUGAUGAAGAAGAAGAAAAGGAGGAGAAAGAAAAAGAAGAAGAGAAGAUUCCAGAGAUUCCAAUAGGACACAUUGUUGAAGAUGGCAUGCUUCUGGACGAUGCUGAUAGCUAUCCAUCCGAUUGUUUCCCCGAGGACUGUUAUCGGCGGUUUCCUUUCUUGGCUGGGGAUGAUGAUGCUCCCUUCUGGCAAGGCUGGGCAAAUCUUAGGCUCAAAACAUUUCAGCUAAUAGAAAACAAAUAUUUUGAAACGGCUGUGAUAACCAUGAUCUUGCUGAGCAGUCUGGCGCUGGCGCUGGAGGAUGUUCAUCUGCAGCAAAGACCAAUUCUCCAAGAUAUAUUGUACUAUAUGGACAGAAUAUUUACGGUCAUCUUCUUUUUGGAAAUGUUAAUUAAGUGGCUGGCUUUGGGGUUUGCUAAAUAUUUUACCAAUGCGUGGUGUUGGCUGGAUUUUAUCAUUGUCAUGGGGGCUCUCUGGAAAUGUUCAUGACUGAAGAUCAGAAGAAGUAUUAUAAUGCCAUGAAGAAAAUGGGAUCGAAGAAACCCCUCAAGGCCAUCCCCAGACCAAGAUGGAGACCGCAAGCCAUCGUUUUCGAGAUUUGUACGGAUAAGAAAUUUGACAUGGUCAUUAUGUUGUUCAUCGGCUUGAAUAUGUUGACUAUGACAAUGGAUCAUUACCAACAAACUGAGCUGUUCAGUAUGGUUCUCGAUUAUUUGAACAUGAUAUUCAUAGUUAUUUUUAGCUCCGAGUGCCUCUUAAAAAUAUUUGCCCUUCGCUAUCACUACUUCAAAGAGCCCUGGAACCUCUUUGAUUUUGUUGUAGUGCUGUUAUCAAUUGCAGGUCUGGUUUUGAGUGACAUCAUUGAGAAGUAUUUUGUAUCUCCGACAUUGCUCCGAGUGGUUCGUGUGGCAAAAGUGGGGCGAGUGCUGCGAUUGGUGAAAGGUGCCAAGGGAAUCAGAACUUUACUCUUUGCUCUUGCUAUGUCACUGCCGGCACUGUUUAACAUCUGUCUUCUUCUCUUCCUCGUCAUGUUCAUUUUUGCCAUUUUCGGAAUGUCGUUUUUCAUGCAUGUCAAGGACAAAGGUGGUCUUGAUGAUGUUUACAACUUCAAAACGUUUGGUCAAUCCAUGAUACUUCUGUUUCAAAUUUCCACCUCUGCUGGUUGGGAUGGAGUCCUUGACGGCAUUAUAAAUGAAGAAGACUGUGAUUUACCAGACAUGGAGAUGGGCUCACCAGGAAACUGUGGGUCCUCAACUGUCGGCAUCAUGUAUUUACUAUCAUACCUAGUCAUUAGUUUUUUAAUUAUCAUAAAUAUGUACAUUGCUGUAAUAUUAGAAAACUAUUCGCAAGCAACCGAGGACGUCCAAGAAGGUUUGACGGAUGAUGAUUACGAUAUGUACUAUGAAAUUUGGCAACAAUUCGACCCAGACGGAACGCAAUACAUCCGCUACGAUCAGCUGAGCGAUUUCUUAGAUAUUCUAGAGCCUCCGUUACAGAUCCAUAAGCCUAACAAAUACAAGAUCGUAACGAUGGAUAUACCAAUAUGUAAAGGUGAUAUGAUGUUCUGCGUCGAUAUUUUGGAUGCACUUACGAAAGACUUCUUUGCCCGUAAGGGUAAUCCGAUCGAAGAAACAGCAGAAAUCGGGGAGGUGAACUUACGGCCGGAUGAAGUUGGCUAUGAUCCAGUCAGCUCGACGUUAUGGAGGCAACGUGAGGAGUACUGUGCAAGACUGAUUCAAAACGCUUGGAGGAAACACAAGCAACAGCGACAAGAAGGAGGCGCAGACAGCCUCCACUCUGGAGAUGCGGAUGCUGAUGCUGAUGCCUGUGAUACAGCUGUGCUAGUCGAAAGUGAUGGUUUCUCCAUAAAAAAUGGGCACAAGGUGGUCAUCCAUUCUAGGUCUCCCUCUACCACAUCUAAACUUGCUGAUGUUUGA